GUAUUGAGUGAUCUUAUUUGCAUGUAUUUGAUGGCCUUAGCUGCUGUGUUUGUUUGAUUUGGAUAAAGUUUGACACUUGUUAUUGUGUGAUGCAGUUUACCUUGUUCUUUUUGAGUAUGUGAUUCUGUUUCUUGUUGUGGAUACUAAGUCCUUGAUAAAUUGAUUGGGAGGUGAAUGAAAUGUGGAUUUAGAUGAGGGAGUUCUAAUAGCAGAGAGCUCAGCUGGACAGGAGUUGGCUGUACAGGAAGGUGAUUUAGUUGUGCAUGAAGGAGAUUUAGUUGUGCCAGAAUGUGGUUCAAUAGUAGAACCACAUGAGGGCAUGGAAUUUGAAUCUGAGGAUGCUGCAAAGAUAUUUUAUGAUGAGUAUGCUCGGCGGGUAGGAUUUGUAAUGCGUGUGAUGUCCUGCCGUCGUUCUGAAAGAGAUGGAAGAAUUCUUGCCCGUCGCCUUGGUUGUAAUAAGGAGGGUUAUUGUGUUAGUGUUCGAGGCAAGUUUGGGAAUGUACGGAAACCUCGUGCAAGUACAAGAGAAGGUUGCAAAGCAAUGAUUCAUGUUAAGUUUGAUAAGUCUGGGAAGUGGGUGAUAACAAAAUUUGUCAAGGACCAUAAUCAUCCUCUGGUAGUUGCUCCACGUGAAGCUCGUCAAACCAUGGAUGAAAAGGACAAGAGAAUUCAAGAAUUAACCAUGGAGCUGCGGAAUAAGAAGCGCUUAUGUGCUACAUAUCAAGAUCAGUUAACUGCAUUUAUGAAAAUUGUUGAAGAACAUAGUGUACAACUAUCCAAGAAAGUUCAAGAUGUAGUAAGAAAUCUUAAAGAAUUUGAGUCUAUAGAGCAGGAGCUUAUGCAGCAUAGAUAGUUUCCACGUCUAGUAAGUAGUUCAACAUCAUUCUCCAGGUCAAUUAGUUGUUCUAUAUUUUUACUUUUCACACUUUUCAUUCCAUAUCCCCACUUUACUUCUAUACAUGGUCAUAACCAUAGUAUUAAAGAUGUAAUUGUAGGAUAUUUUCCUCUUCGCCAAUUUGCAAUUUGUAUCAUAUAGAAAUGUGAACAUUACUAGAACUGCCCUUGCUGUAGUGAGGUUAACCCUUUUGGAUGCCGACAAUUUGGCUGAAGGUUUCUGUAUAAGACUAGCAAUUAGUGUUCGAGAUUUGGCAA